AUGAGCAGCAGCCGUCUGAAUGCAUGGUUGAGCUUAGACCUGGUCCAGAAGGAGGCUCUGGAAGAGGGCUCUCAGGUUGAGAGUUUAUUCGGACAAGCGGCAGAGCGCUUGUCCAGUGGAGGAGGUGGCUCGAGUGAAGACUUCUUCGUCACCUUGGGGGCGCUGCAGGCCGAUAGCGGAGUUACUCUCGUUGGGAGGAAAGUAUUUCCAGAUGUGUGGUGA